AUCAAAUUUUAUUUUUGGCGUUUAAAGGCAGUUUUAAAAUAUAGUUUAAUUUCUUCAUAGUUAUAUUGCGAAAACUAUAAAUUUGACAUAAUUAAUCUUCAUACUUAAGAUAUAAGAUUUAAAUAGUGUUCUUGGAUUUAUAAUUAAUGUCCUCAUACCUCCCUCUUGUCCUGAUUUUUAUUAUAUAAAAAUGUAAUAAGCAACUAGCUUCAGAUUGUAUUGUGUGUAAUAUUUUUGAACUCUACUUUCUAUCUACAGUUUACAAUAUGGAAUAUGAAAAACAUAUUAAAAAACUUGUAUUAGGAUAUUUGAAAACUGAGUGUAAGGCUUCCUAUAAAAUUUUUCUAAAAAUUCAUUUCCCACAUGAAAGGAAACAUGUACCUACUAGAGUUGCUGGGCAAACUUUAGAAGAUAUCUUGAGGAUGUUUUCAAAGAUACAGGAUAUUGUACAAGGGCACCUGGAAGAAACCGACUAUUAUAAAGAGCAGCCAGCAGAACUCUGGUCGCCAACUCACUUAGAAGAGCAAUUGCUCUAUUUACUUGAAAGGAAAAGAUCUUCUACACCCACUACAUCUGUUCUCGACAGAUCAUCAAGAUCAACAUCAAUAUCAUCAAAUCACGAUCCGGGCGAAUUAACUCCGGUUAAUAAUGUUGAAGCGACUCCUGAACAUGCCUUACCAGGCAAUUGCAAUGAAGCGAUUCAUAGAAUGGCAACAGAUAGAAAGAGUAUUAAGAAUCCCUAUUUUGAUGAGAUGGAUGUAUCAAUGAAGCUUCUUUAUGAUAAAUCAUUUUCACACAACCUGGCAAGAAAUAUCAAUAAACAGUUAACUCCACCGGAAACAGCUUGUACUUUAUCUAAGUGUAACCAUGGUAAUGAUAAAACUUGUCUAAAUGUAAAUGAGGAAACUAUAAGAAAUGUUAUUAAUAGAACUGAAAGUGAUCCAGCUAUAAAUCAGUUAUUGGAUGAUAUUGUAGCUGACACCUUAGAAAAGGUUAUAUUAACUGGAGCAGAAAAUUCGCUAUUUAGCAACUCAAAACAAAGCCUAAACCACCGAACCUAUGUAGAUGACCAAAUAAACGGAGCAGUAUCCUCCAUCUUAGCAAUAUCUCAAGAAGCUUCGACAUCUGCUAACCAAGCAGGUUCUACAUCUACCGAUCAAGAAGCGUCAAUCGGUAAAAAACCUGAAGUGACAACUGAUACAGCUCUACCAACCCAAACUAGCGUCAAUGUGGACAGUCAGCCAAGUAUACCCGUACAAAAGGAAAGUGUCAAACCUGCAACAUCAGAAAUUCAAACUCCAAAAACUUGUCUUCUUACUGUGGAUACACAACAAUUAACGUGUCAAACACCGUCGAGAGUUUAUACAAUACCCCCUAGGGCUUUAACUACACCUGGUUGUCAACAACAAUAUGUAGUUAUAAAUCAACCAAUAAAUGUUCCACAAAGCAGUCAAAUGAUGCAGUUGGUACCUAAACCUGUAGUAAUUGAUUCAGUGCGGAAGGUUUUUCCUAAAGUUAAUACCGGGCUUACAGAAGAAGAAAUUAUGAGUAUGCCGACUCUUAUAUUAAACGAAAAGAACGAAGUUACUUAUGCCGAUAUAAAUGGAAUUCAGCUCAACACCCCGUUUAAGUUAAACGAGGUACAAAAUCUUCAAGAAUAUUUUAAAGCCUUUGGAUCAUCCGAACAAAGUCCAUUAAUAAAGAAAACCACACAAAAAAAACCCAGUGCAAUUAAGCCAACUCCUACAAUUAAGGUUGAGAUUUACAAACAUGAUGAACCGCGUCCUAAAUCACCGAAAGAUCCGCCAACAGAAGCACCCUCUAGCGAACUGCCAAAUUUAAGUGAGACAUUAGAUUCCGAGGUUCCUGUCGUAAAUAUUUCAGAUGUGCCACAGGUUGUUACAAGAGACACUCCAGAUGAGAGUAAAACCAAGUCCAAUGAUAAAGGAUUUUUAAAAGGUUCGAGAUCGGUACAUACACCCUCACCCUUAGUUACUACUAAAAGAAAACCCACUCCUAAAAGUAGUUCGCACGUGAGAAAUUUGACUUUUCCGUCCCCGGUACGAAAAACUCCGAGGACUGAGAGCCUCCAGUCACCUUCAAAACUAAAUAAACAGAAAGCCGCUAAAGAUUUAUUUAACGAAGAUCCAAAGCAAACAGUAGUGGAUAAACCAACAACUAAGACAUCACCUAAAAAAUCUGGUUCGCCGUCUAAAGCAAAACAAAAAGCGGUACAACUUGACGUCAAAAAAGUUGUCAAAAAACCGCCUGUAGCUAAAAAAGCUAUCGCAACCACCAACACAACAGAAGUUUCUAACUCCUGGGAUGCCUCUCUAAGGAAAAAUUUGCCUAAAGAGGAGGAGCAUAAAACUCCAGCAAGAAGAACUUCAUCCAGGAGGCGUACCAGAAAGUCAUCUGAGGUGGACACAUCGGAUCCGGACGGAAAAAAGUUGGAGGAGGCCCUAAAAACGCCCGGAAAAGCUAAAACAGCGAAUCCAAAGAAGCCUAAAGUUGAAAAGGUUAAAGCUGACAAAAAGAUCAUCGAAAAACCAGAAGUGUUAUCUAAACCAGACAACAAAACAGUUUUAUCCCCUUCAAAGUUGUAUAAUACGACAAGCAAAAGAAAAAUGGAGUUCGAUGGUGUUACACCACAUAACCCUAAAAUAGUAACCCAACAACCUACAAUGAAUGCCAGGAAAAAUAUUUCUAGUCUUUUGGAAACACCUCUGAAGGAAGAUCCUCCAACAAAUGAAAUCAGGGAACCAGAACCAACUGACUCGCCGUUUACUCCCAUGUUAAAAGCAAAUCUUCAAGACUUGGUUGUAGGAGAUAGUUUCACUAUAGCAACCCCGAACUUUCCAGUAACUCCCGGAUUGGCUUUAAUGGAAGGCAAUGCUAAUAAUGCAUAUUAUAUCGCAGCUGAUACAGGGCAUAAUAAAGCUGCUGAGGAAAUUAUCCGAUCGGAAGAAAGAAAGUCCAGUACUCGUAAAACUGAUGAUGACGAUUUAGAAAUCGGUAGAAGCCCCAAAGUUUAUAGCCGUCCAGAAAUGUUGCAUGCCUUUAACAAAAGCCGUGUGGGUAAAAAAGAUUUGGAUCUAAUAGAGAAGGAGGUGGCCGAUUUAUCCGAUAUCGAAGAGGGCAGUGAGAAAAGUUUCAGUUUAAGUGAUGGUGAGAGUAAUAAAACGGUCCUUCGAAAACAGCCUGCGUUAAAAGAAGUUAAGAGAAGCCAGAGACUUUCGGGGAAAAGUAUGAGUGUUUUGAAAGCUUACAUCUUGGAUGAUGUGGAUAAUAGUGUAAAGCUGAAUGAGUCAAUAAGCCAAGAAAACACAACCAAUACAUCUAGAGUAAAAACCGGAAGUAGUAGUGACAGCGAAGUAGUGUCAAGAGAAAUAUGUAAAAAAAGAAUCAGCAAUGAGAAUGAAAAGACAAGUGCUUCUGAUACAACUAAGGGAAGAAGUAGUUCAAAUCUCCCACCAGCUAAGGAAACGAAACCUCUUAGCAAGGAAAAUAUUAAAAAACAAGAUAAAGAAGCCGACAUUACUAUUUCAUCUAUUACAGCAGAAAAAGUGAAAGAAACCGUAUUGAGUGGGGUUCCUGAGAGUCAAACUGCCCUGCCUCUCCUCACCAGUGUCAAAGAGGAAAUGGAAGAAAAGCGAAAACGUAUAAUCGAGUUAGAGAAAAGCAAAUUUUGUAAAACGCCCAGUAGAAAAAAAAAUACAUCCGCAAAAAGACAAAUACCACAAACUUCAAAACGAAAACGCCGCGGCUCUAAGAUUGACGAGGAAUCCGACCUUUUGGAGAAAAUCGAUUCGCAAGAUGAGUUUUUCAUUAAAAGUGGAUCCAAUCUGCACAGAAAGGCUAAAGAGACUAGCAUUAUGGCCGAUAAAAAUAACAAAGAUGUGAAAGAACAAAAGGUGGAUGCUGGGGAAGAAACUCGAAAGUAUAAAAAUGCGGACGAGAAUUCUGAUGAGACAAAAAAAACUGAAGCUUCUGCACGCGACAAUCAAUCUUCGCCUACUCCGAGUGAUGACGACUUGUCUUUCUGGGACACAUCAUGUGCCAUGGAAGAACAACACCACAUAUUCGACAUUGCAUACGAUGAAUCAAAUCCCUCUACAAAGCGGUUCGAAGACUAUGAUUUAAGCUUCUUAAAAAAAAAGAUUAGUAAUGCUAUACCUCUUGAGGAAGGACAGGUCCAAAUCGUGACAACUCGGGUGACUGAGCAUUCAACUUUAUGGGAAAUACAUGGAGAUAUAGACAUUUGCAAAAAUGCGAGAAGAAAUAGUUCGUUUGAAGCAAGAGACUUACCACCUGAUAGUGAUAACGAGAACGCCAGUCCCAAAUUAGAGGAAAGUGCUGAACCAGGCUGUGCAAAAAAGAGAAAACAUCGCUCUGACAGCAGUAGCUCAACCUCUUCUGCGAAAAGGAUGAAAGGUACCCAAAUCCCUUUUUUGUCUUUAAAUGAUAAGAAUAUAAAGACAAUUUUGAACAAACUUCACGGUCCUACUGACAAGACUUAAGGUCUUAUUAGCCCUUUAUGUGCUUAAGGUACCUGACUGAGAAAAUUAUGUUUAAUUUAUAAAAUAAAUGAGUGUAAGAGUAAUUGUUUAGUGCCAAUAGUGUCGAUUCGCCAUAUUGUUAUUUGUAAUAAUUGUAUUUUUUGUUUUAAAGUUCAGAAAAGUUGUUGUUUGCCAAAAAUGUAUAUAGGUUAAGUUAGAGCAUAGGUUCUUAGGACACACUGUAUAUUUGUGCUUUAAAAUUAUUUACAUAUCUUCUUCAUAAGUAAAAUUAAAUUAAGCCUAAAGUAGGUCUAAAUUCAAAACUAUAGGAUAAUAAAUUGUUGAAAAGUAAGUUUCUAUUUAAUUCUACCCUUAAAUAUGUAAAGUGUAAUAACUUUAUCAAGCUAUUUUAUUAAGUUUAAACAUCACUUUUUUAUUUUUAAUGAUUUUAGCAAAACAUUUGCUUCGAUUUUUCCUCAAAUCAUAGCAAAUCUUUGUAUUAUGUUAAUACAUUUGUUUAUUUAAGUGA